AAUAAAUGCAUGCCUUAGUUUUUACUAUUUGAAGUGCAAUUGUUAAAAAAAAAUGUUUAAACCACUGUAAGCAUUGUUUUCAAAUGAUAUACUAGUACAUGCUGUUUUGUUUUGCUUGAGUACUAAAAAGCUAUAUUUAAAGCACUGCUCUCCAUUUACCAUAUAUAAAAUAUGACAUCUGUAUUUUUUAUUGUGACAAAUAAAUUCAGACAAAUAUAAAGAGUUGCAUGGGCACUGCUUUUGUUGUAUUUUUCUAACAUUAACUUUUGCUGCACCGACGAGAAUAGACUGGUUUAUAACGUCAAUUUUCUUUGUCAAUUUCCUCCGACCUUUUCAUUGUAUGAAUAUUUUUCUUUACGACUGCUGACGUGGCUCCUGCUACUGCUGCAAGCCGUUGGUCUGCAGAAGCAGACAUAAGUAGCAUUUUUUUGUGGCUGUAACUGUUCACAGGCACAUGAACUCAAAUAGGUUGCUCCACUUCUUCUGCUCUUAUUUCGUCUCGUGAGUAAUUUGGAUGAAUUUAAACUCCUUUACGGCAGUCCUUUGGCUAUUUACAGACAUGAGGAAACCUUCUUUCACACACCUCCCUGUGAGAGGUGUAAUAAAUCCCUUACAUUUUAACUAAACCUUGUUGUGCAUGUUGGGAAAGUGGAGUUUGAACCUUAUGAUGUGUAGAAGACGAUUCAAGACAAAAGCCGGAAUACAAGGACUGUCUGUGGGUUCUUGCUUGACAUGCUGUGUUGUUUAAAUGCAAGGUAGACCCAUGGUAUGAGACUCAAGAGGACAAAUUACUGAAAGGUGAGUUUAUCAAACAUUGCAAACUGUGACACGCCGUAGUCUAAAGAUCGUUUUGUAGCUUUUACUGCAGUAACUAAUAAUAUACUUACAUCAAAGGUUAAAGCUGAUUCUUCAUUUGAUGGUACAAAUCUGCAAGAAGUGUCAAGAAAUGAGAAGGCUGAGAUGACUGCCUUUACCCGUGGAAGGGUUAUAAAUAUUAAAUGUCAGAUCAUGCUGCCAGGGAGUAAAAAAGAAAUAAAUAAAGCAAGCGCCUCCAUACAAAAGACUGCAGAAUACUGUAAAACUUCAGACGGUUUGGGAAGUGUAAUGAAAAGCCCCUUUUCUGCUUCAGCUGAGUAAACGUUCUUCUCUGUUCUUAGCAUGAAACAAACUUUGUUGCAUUUUCCAGAUGACCUUCAAACACGCAACUGGUGAAAGAGCACCGACGACCACCAUGCCCCCAACCCAGAAGCCCUCCUUUGGGAGCAGCACCCUGGACACUGUGGAUAUUGUGGUCCUGGUUGUCUACUUCCUGCUGAUUCUGGCUGUGGGUUUCUGGUCCAUGUGGAGAACGAAGCGCAGCACAGUGGAUGGAUACUUUUUAGCUGGCAAGAGUAUGACUUGGUGGCCAGUUGGGGCCUCACUGUUUGCCAGUAACAUUGGCAGCGGACAUUUCAUCGGUCUGGCCGGGUCAGGAGCUGCAGCAGGAAUUGGGGCGAUAGCUUACGAAUGGAAUGGAAUGUUUAUGGUGUUGAUGCUCGGAUGGCUCUUCCUGCCCAUUUACAUUUCCUCCGGGGUAACAACCAUGCCAGAAUAUUUGCAGAAGCGCUUCGGUGGAAGAAGAACGCAGUUAUUUAUAGCCGUCCUGUCCCUAUUUAUUUACAUCUUUACAAAAAUAUCGGUGGACAUGUAUGCAGGUGCUGUGUUCAUCCAGCUUGCUUUGAAAUGGAAUAUCUACCUGGCCGUGGUGCUGCUGCUCGCGGUGACUGCCCUCUACACCGUAGCAGGAGGCCUUGCUGCUGUGAUCUACACUGACGCAGCUCAAACUGCAAUCAUGCUGGCUGGAGCUCUCACCCUCAUGGGUUUUAGUAAGUCAGAUGCUACUGAUUUUGUCACUUCCCACUGCUUAAUUUUACACGCCUAUUUUUUGUUUCUGCCUCCGCUCCGAGGUUUUGUUGAGGUCGGAGGUUGGAAUGUGCUGAUGAAGGGAUAUUUCGCCGCCGUUCCCUCGGUCCGUGUCCCCAACUCGACCUGCGGCGUCCCUCGAGAUGACGCUUUUCACGUAUUCAGAGACCCGGUGCACUCUGACCUGCCCUGGCCUGGUGUCAUCAUCGGCAUGUCCGUCCCCUCCAUGUGGUAUUGGUGUUCUGAUCAGGUGAUUGUGCAGCGCUCUCUGGCUGCAAAGACUUUGACCCAYGCUAAGGGGGGGUCUCUCCUGGCUGCAUACCUGAAAGUUUUGCCUUUCUUUGCCAUCAUGCUCCCCGGGAUGAUCAGCAGGAUCCUCUACCCAGAUGAAGUGGCGUGUGCAGACCCGGACCUGUGCAAGCAGAUUUGUGGGAACUCAGUGGGCUGUUCGGACAUUGCAUAUGCCAAACUGGUUAUGGAGCUUCUCCCUGCAGGACUGCGAGGGCUCAUGAUGGCGGUGAUGAUUGCUGCUCUCAUGUCGUCUCUGACCUCCAUCUUCAACAGCUCCAGUACCAUUUUCACCAUGGAUUUAUGGAAGAGCUUCAGAUCUCGUGCUUCUGAAUGGGAGCUCAUGAUUGUGGGGAGGGUGUUUGUGCUCGUCCUGGUGGCGGUGUCAGUGCUCUGGAUCCCUGUCGUCCAGGCCAGUCAGGGUGGCCAGCUCUUCAUCUACAUCCAGUCCAUCAGCACCUACCUGCAGCCCCCUGUAAGCAUCAUCUUCCUCAUGGGCUGCUUCUGGAAGAGGACUAAUGAGCAGGGCGCCUUCUGGGGUCUCGCUAUUGGCCUCACGGUGGGCUGCAUACGCAUGUUGUUGGACUUCAUCUACCCUGCGCCGCUGUGCUUUGAAGAGGACGACAGACCUGGCGUGCUGAAAUACGUCCAUUACCUCUACUUCUCCAUGCUGCUGUCCUUCAUCACCCUGGCUGUGGUGGUUGUAAUCAGCCUGGCUACCGAGGAGCCCAGUCCAGAACAGAUAAGUCGUCUCACUUGGUUCACAAGGUUUGAUCCGGCGAAGCCAAAAGAGCAAGAGGUCCCAGAGGAACACAGACGUAUAGAAAGCAGAAAUGGACAAGCCGUCGAUCAAAGGAGAGACUCGGCUUCGUCUGUGUCCAGUCCUCCCAGUCAGUCCAGGUUCAUGUCUGCCAUCUACUGGUUGUGUGGGAUGGAGAGACGAAGUGAAGCGGACAGCGACGCCGUGGCCCCGCCUGCGCCUGAGCAGAUCAUCUGCACUCUGGAUGAAAAGUCCAGUCUACGGCACCUCGUCAAUGCCAACCUCAUCAUUUGCCUCUCGGUAACGGUCUUCAUCAUCGGCUACUGGGCUUGAAGGGGAAGAACUCCAAACUUUAUGAAAGUAUUCCUAUCCCCUCUGUAUCACGACGCAACCACAAACUUCAAUGUGUUUUAUUGGAUCCUUAUAGACAAAUAUGAAUGAAAAUAUUUUUACAGCAUGGCCUGCAUUUCUGUUCAGCUCCUUCCCUUACUCUGACACCCCUAAAUUAAAACCAAUUGCCUCUAGAAGUUAGCCAAUUAGGAAACAGACCGGUGUGUGAUUUAAUCUCGGUAUAAAUCUGUUCAGUGAACGCCUCAGAGCUUUGUUAGGGAGCAAACAGCAUCAUAAACAGCAAGAAAAGGAGGCGUGGCCUAAAGUGGUGGAGAAGUUUAAAGGAGGUUUAGAUGAGCUUUGAACUUCUCAUGGAGGAGUUUAAUCUAUUAUACGGCACAACCAGCACCCUCUAGCACCAAGGUCCUACACAGCAGUGGCAACACAAUACUGUGGGAAUCCUUUUUUUUCCCAGCAAUGAAAGAUGAGCUUUGGAAAUACGGUUGGAGAAAAUCUUUGUGAUAUUUUACGUAAUAUGAAAAUGUCAAUCUCUAGUUGUGAUUGAUAGUUUACUCAUCAUUUUCUUUCUACAUUAUAAUCAUUUUACUUUGUGCUGGUCAAUGGUAAAUAAACGUAAUCUAUAAAGCCCUGUUUGCAUUCAAACACAGAUAUUCACAAACAGGCAAGCAGCUUAGUACACAAUCUGGGGUUAAAUGACAGAGGAGAAAACUGGAAUCAAGCCUACAACUUUAAGCCUGAAACACAUCUACUUUAUCCAGUUAGCCGCAGUCGCUCAUAAAAUACAUUGAACUAUUUGGUCACGUGGCUGUGAAAAUGUUUGAGGUGGUACAAAUGCUGCAAAUAUAAAAUAUGUACAUAUUUUUAUAUAUGUUAACCUGGAGUUAACCAAAAUUAACCAGAAUAGUGAUAUUUUGUCCUCUAAAAUACUGUUUCUAUGUAUUAUUUGCAAAGUGAAUUAUAUUCAAAGUAUAUUCACAUUCAGUGUUUUUUUUAUGUGCCUUACUGGAUAAAUAUCUGUACUUGCAACCUUUUUCCUAAAGAGUUGAAUAAAACUAAUUGUGUGUAACAAUGAUGCAUUGUGUGCCGAAGAGUAAAAAAGACCACAAACAAAGUCAUAGUGAAUUGUACUCAAAGAAAAAAAAAAUAAAAUAAAGAUUUUAAUGUUUUUUCUGUA